AAGAAUCAAAUUAUGACUACAAAUUUAUGGGUAGAGCAGUCAUGGUAUGAUUAUAAGUUAAAAUGGGAUCCAAAAGAGUAUGGUGGUGUUGAAAUGUUACAUGUACCAUCUGAUCAUAUUUGGAGACCGGAUAUUGUAUUAUAUAAUAAUGCUGAUGGUAAUUUUGAAGUAACAUUAGCAACAAAAGCAACAUUAAAUUAUACAGGGCGUGUUGAUUGGAAACCUCCAGCUAUAUAUAAAUCUUCCUGUGAAAUAGAUGUUGAAUAUUUUCCGUUUGAUGAACAAACUUGUGUUAUGAAAUUUGGUUCAUGGACGUAUGAUGGUUUUCAAGUGGACUUACGGCAUAUUGAUGAAGUUAAAGGCACAAAUAUCGUUGAAAUUGGUGUGGAUUUAUCAGAAUUUUAUGCAUCAGUUGAAUGGGAUAUUCUUGAAGUUCCAGCUGUAAGAAAUGAAAAAUUUUAUACAUGCUGUGACGAACCAUAUUUGGAUAUUACAUUCAAUAUAACAAUGCGUCGUAAAACAUUAUUUUAUACAGUGAAUUUAAUCAUACCAUGUAUGGGUAUAUCGUUUCUAACCGUUCUUGUGUUCUAUUUACCUUCGGAUAGUGGUGAAAAGGUCAGUUUAUCAAUUAGUAUUCUACUGUCGUUAACAGUGUUCUUCCUUUUACUCGCCGAAAUUAUUCCACCAACGUCAUUAGUGGUACCAUUACUAGGAAAAUUUGUUCUUUUUACAAUGAUUUUAGAUACAUUUAGUAUAUGUGUCACGGUGGUAGUUUUAAAUGUCCAUUUCCGGUCACCACAAACACACGUAAUGGCACCAUGGGUGCGACGUGUUUUUAUUCACAUCCUGCCACGACUGCUCGUUAUGCAGCGGCCACAUUAUCAAGUUGAGAGACGCAGUUUAUCUGGUAGCACGCCUGCAUUACACCAUCGUGUUAUGGUACGAACGUGUAAUGGUCUAGAAUUAAGAGAUCCAGGUGGUUUUUAUAGUGCACAAAGUGAACAAGAUCUACAGGAUCCAUUCCCUAGUGCUGGUUCACGUGAUGAACUAACACCCAGAGAAUUAGAAGCUAGUACAUUAAGUUCAUGUCGUAUACAUGGUACAACACCUCCACCAACAAUCACUACGGGUUGUCUAUUAAGUGAUUUAGCAAGUGGUGCAACGGGUGGACCUGCAACGGGUCUUCAUGAUGCAACCGAUCGUGCUGCCAUGAAUGGUGGAAAUAAUGGUGGUGUUCAUAUUACAUGUGGAUUACAUGCAUUACAUUCAUGGCAUCAUUGUCCCGAAGUACAUAAAGCAAUUGAUGGUGUACGAUUUAUUGCUGAUCAUACUAAACGUGAAGAGGAAUCAACUAGGGUAAAAGAAGAUUGGAAAUAUGUAGCAAUGGUAUUAGAUAGAUUAUUCUUAUGGAUAUUUACAUUGGCUGUAUUAGUUGGUACAGCUGGUAUUAUAUUACAAGCGCCAACAUUAUACGACGAUCGAAUUCCAAUCGAUGAACGUAUGUCUGAAAUUGGUUUUACAACUGCGGCUAAGCCACAUCAUAUCUCCACUGCCCCAGCUCCACCAAAAUAA